GAGAAUGACCGACGCCUUCGGUCCUUCCUGCUGCUCGAGAAGAAGUACGACACCGGGGUUCGGCCCAUGUCCGGACCCAACGAGACGACGCAGGUCCGCUUCUCCCUGGGUCUACUUGACGUCCCCGUCCUGAAUCCCAAAAGGCACCUUUUCUACGCGGACGCCUACACCUGCAUGACGUGGACGGAUCCUCGGCUCAAGUGGGACGCAGAGAAGUUCGGCGGUCUGAACAUGGUCCGCCUGAGGGCCAGCGAAAUCUGGGUUCCCAAAGUGGUCGUAAUGUCGUUCGUCGAUCUGAGUUCACGCUCGGACUCCGUGGCUCUCGCUACUCCUGGUGGAGGCGUGUCCUACUGUCCUGUGCAUCCCAUCCACGCCGCAUGCAAGACGGACAUGACGCACUUUCCGUUUGAUCGGCACGAGUGCAUCGUCGAGUUCACCAAUUUCAUCGACACCGAGUCCAACGUGAACCUGACCGUCGGAAACGAACCGGCGGCUCCCGAGGGAAGGUCCGAGUUCAACGUCGUUACUAUUACCACCACCAGGCGCGUUCAGAACUACGGAGGAGACUUCACGUACCCUUUCAUCGUGUAUAACUUCCUGCUGGAGAGGUCGAGUAGCCUCCACUUGUACACGGUGGUUCUGCCCACGGCCGGGGCGGGCCUGGUGUCGCUGUUGGUCUUCUGGCUUCCGCCGGCCUCUGACCGGAAGUUCACCCUCAUUGGAGCGUCCAUCUUGGUGUCCCUUCUACUGCUGUACAGGGUUGCGGAUGUGGCCGAGGGGUCCUUCAAAGCCCCCAAAAUAGUGAUUGUACUGGGAACUAUGGUCCUGUCAAACGCAUUCAUCGCCGUUUGCACCGUGGUCAGUAUGCACAUGAUCAAGUCCGUCCAAAGAAGAAGGCUUCCCGCCAUCCUUGCCAAGGUGUCUCGAGUAGUGGCAACUGGGGUGCCUUUUCUUUGUCCGGUUCCGGGACAAGCAGGGACACCGGGACUUUCUGGACGACGAAAAGACAGCGAUGAAGACCAGGAGGAGACAACGUAUGACGACGCGGCACUUCGGGAAUGGUACAUCGCGGCGCAAGCUCUAGACCGUGUACUCUUCCUUGUCUUUGCAACCACCUACGUCCUGGUAUGCGUCUGAUGACUGAUACGCCAGGAGGUACGGACACCGUGAACUUUAGAAUGAACGCUACCAUCGAAGGUUUUCAAAAUCGAAAGUGAAAACGCAGUGAGAGCUUUGCGCAGAGGUCGUGUUCGCAAAGAUUUCUGCGAGACUCGGGAAUGUUCGCCUUAAUUGCAAGGACCAUUGAGUUUGACUACAAGAACCGUAAUGGGUCAUUUUGUCUCUUGAAUAGAAACCUUUGUUGGCACCCUAUGCCACAGUCAAGAUUAUGAACAGGUGUUCUGCUUGUGCCUCACUUUCUGUUGGAAGCAUGACAAUUUCUCAUAGGAUUUUUGUUAUUAAAGAAACAUUAAACAUUACCAA